AUGUCAACCGCUGACCCCCAGCCGGCAGACAAACCGAUAAACCACAAGAUUGGUAUUAUCUAUCCACCACCCGAAGUUCGGAACAUUGUUGAUAAGACCGCUAGUUUCGUGGCGCGUAACGGUCCCGACUUUGAGUCGCGUAUCAGACAGAAUGAAAUCAACAACCCGAAAUUCAACUUCCUCACCCCCUCUGACCCCUACCACGCCUACUACCAACACAAGGUGCGCGAUUUCGCGGAGGGCAAAGCGGUGGAAACGAUUGGCCUCAAGGUCACCGCGCCCAGUGCUGCGCGUUUGGGUCAGGACGCGCAGAAGAUCAUGCAGGACAUCUUUGUGCCCAAAGAUCCCCCGCCAGAAUUUGAGUUUGUCUACGAUCCACCCUCCAUCAACGCCCUUGACAUUGAUAUUGUCAAACUCACUGCUCAGUUUGUAGCCCGCAACGGGAAACAGUUUUUAGCUCAGCUGAUGAAUCGCGAGCAACGUAACUACCAGUUUGACUUUCUGCGCACGCAGCACCCCAUGUUUGGAUAUUUCACCAAACUGGUGGAACAGUUCACCAAGGUGCUGAUACCCCCGCGCGAUAUAAUCACCAGCCUCGAGGAGGACUUGAAGAACCCCAAGCGGGUGCUGGACCAGGUGAAG